AGAAGGCAAGGACGUUUUUGUUCCCAUGAUCUCAAUUUUUAGAGCUAGUUUUCUUUGCGUCCCCAUUUACAUUUGGAGAUUCUUGAUGAAUACUUUCUUUAACUUGUGAUGAUUGCGAUAGCGAUUUGACUCUGACGCGUCACCGACGUUCUACUUGAUCUUUUUCUCUUGCUUCGUUGUAUGCUUUGAUGUCGUCAUUUUCUUUGAUUGAGUUUUUGGCUGUGUACUUGUACUAGAGAUUCACCCCCGCCUUUCGAAGUUCAUCUUGAACCUCCUCAGCAAGGGAAGAACUCGAACUCGAUGCCAUUGUAGACACCGAGCAGCCACUCCACACUGACAAUGGAAAAGCCCUCCAAGUCCCCUCGUCAGCCACCUCCCGAACUCGAGUACGAUUACACUGCUGUAGAAGCGCAACUUCAAGAGCUCAGUCAGAGGAGCUCAAAAAGUGCUCCUUUUAUACCGCCUGAUACGCCACCUGCGUACGCGUUAUUGGCGAGCGUUUUUUCGACUUCUAGUAGGUCAACAUCCUCGAAACAAGGUGCUGCCACUGACGGUGACGCGUUGGAAGAUACGAGCAUGAAGUUGAAGACAACGUCUGUCGUGGCAGUUGCGAAAGGGAAUACUACAGUACGCUCUGCAGCAGAUGAUAUGCGUCUUCCUUCACCUGGCCGAGCAGCAGUGAGGCCUCCUUCACCUGGACCUGGAGGAAAAAAUAGCAGACAGCUGCCUUCGCCUACUGCUGGUCAGCGUGAAAGAGCCCCCGCUCCAUUAGAUGAAGAUAUGAGAAUGACGGAGCAGAAGCGUCCUGAAAGCCCAAAACGAGUUGCCGGGGAUCCGGUUGAAAUGAUCAAAAUGACCUCAAAUCCUCUCAGUGUUGAGCAAGUGGAUGCAGAUCUGUUACAACAACGAACGAGGAUAUUAGCGCAAGAAAGGGAGCAAACCCAAAGGGAGCAAAGAGAACCUACUGCACAACAAGGACUCCCAGUCGAAGUUGAACUGCAACUCAUGCGUCAACGCUUGCAUAGUAUGGAAAAACAACUCGUUGAUCAGGAAACGAAAGUGGAUUCGGUUGCGUACGAUAUGGUCAAUUCACUGUUGGACUCGGCAGAACUAGGGUUACAGCAGCUUACAAGGAAACAUACUGGGACGAUAGUUACUAGAGGACUAGUACAAUCACCUAGCGUAGAAGCUCCAAGGUUAAUAUCUCCGAAGACGAAUAAUAUUGGACUUUUUACAAGUUGUCCACCUAGCAGCUCUUCUCAGCCAAGAAGCUAUCAACAACAAGUACAACAAGGUCGACCUCCAGUCUUACGAAAUGAGGUGCUCCAAAUACAACCUUACAUAAGGUCGCCUACGCAUAACUCGCCUAAGAAUACCCAUAAUGCUGGAGCGAGGGACGAGAGGGAGAUUAGUACGAUCGAUCACUUGCGGAAGCGGAAGCUGAGCACAUCGACACCCGUAGAUAAAUGCUACACUCGACCACAGCAGGAGGUUGAAACUGCUGCGACCAAAACAAAGAAUUAUGACCUCCCGAAUUAUGGACCGAUGGUGCCGCGCGUACCUGCAGAAGAAGUGGAAAGCAAGGCAGGUGGUUCUUUGCUACCUUUAGCAGACCGAUGGAAAGCACUACAGAAGACACGUUUACAACUUUUCUGUGAUAAAUCUGGAGAACUGAAGACGGUCUCCAUGUUCCGAGCCAGGAUACCGCAGCUGAACCUCGUCACGCGUCCGUUCGUGGAUAGAAUGAGAGAACCUGCGGAACCGAGGUGCUACUUGUGAUUACCUUAAGAUUACUUUGUUGAUUUGCAUUUGUCUGAGAUGGAGCAUAUUUAUUUGUAAUUUAUACAUACUACUACCUCCUUCUACGUAAUUCUCAUCUGAGGUACAACGUUAGUAAUUGUUGUGGUAAUUUAUAGGCACCGUCAAACAAACUCUCAAGAAGUAGCUGCUGUCUUUGAGUUUAACGAGAAGAAGAACGUGCACGCCCCCUGACUUUCUCUUUCCCAACAAAACAGUCCCGCCCCCGACAACGAUCUCUGCACUGCUGUCGACAUCGGCAACAUGGUCAGAAAGUCUUAUGCAGAGAAUGAAGUCUCUCUAGCCGCUCGCCGUCCCCGGUCUACAUUUGGUGUCAGCGAGGCUGCCAAACGCCUGGACCAUCAGACAUUCAUCGCACGAAAAUCCAAAAUCCAAAAAUCCAAAGGUGCCUCCGUGAAGAUCAAUAGCAUGGCGGAGCCAGCGGAAGAUAAAGGGAGAAGAAACAGCACUUCUAGCACUUCUUCGGGUCCCGGUCGGGACCUGAUCAGUGCCAAUGUCCCCCGUGAAGUCACGACUUCUCCUCGAGAUCUUUGUCAACCAGAAGCAACUAGGAGACCUGCGCUGGAGGUGCGGGAAGGUCCGAAUCGAAGCAUGCCAAGGCCAGAUCAGUUUUCUCCCUGCAAUCGUUUGUGGCGUGCUGCAUGAUGAGACAUCAAGAAAGAUGACGUGCAUGAUGAGCAUAUUGAUGAACUUGAUGAAGCUUGAAGACGCUCACGCUUUUUACAUUAUAUGAACUUUUGAAAUUUGAACAUUUAGGCUCGCGGCUUUUUCUCGAGCGGAUAAGAAGGUGACCAUUGGGCUUGUAGUGAUAAAAUGAUCUAUCUGUACUUGCAUUGAUGAAAACCAAAAUCAAAAUUCUUGGUGAGGAGCAAU